UAAUGACAGGACUUUCUGAGCAAGAUAUUUUUCUUCCCUUUCACAAGUUAGAAGCUAUUGAAUAAUUCAUGCAAGUGUGGAAAGGCUGCCUUUUCCCUGCGUGAUGUAUAAUUGAGCAGGGAGAGAGCUUCGAGUGGGUUCCCCUCAUCAGCCACCACUCUUGCUCCUGAGCACGGGGUGCUUGCUCUCCUCUUGAGCUGAGCUUCUGCUUUUGCAGCCAAGCAUCCUUGCUGCUGCCGCCUGACUACCUGCCCACCUGCCUGGGCUUGCAGCCUGCCACUUCCCUUUCUCCAGUCCUGCUGCCAGCUGAGAAGUCUCCCUGCAGCUGCUGGUUUCUGCCUAGGGCCAUGUGUGUGGAUGCCGCGUUGGAGAAGGAGGUACUUGCUCCUGGCACUGAUCCCAGAUGAGUUCCUCCUAUUGAUUUCGGGACCACGGAUGCUGCUGCUGAGGAGGUAUUUCCUGGCAUCCCUCCCUCUGCUACUGCCAGCUAAGGACCAGCCCCAAAGCGGGUGUCAGGAUGGGCCGCGCUGCGAGAAGCCGACGCUAGCCAGAGAGGUGUGAAGAGUUGGCCAGAAUGACCAACUCUUCCACGUCCACUUCCUCCGCCACCGGGGGAUCGCUGUUGCUGCUCUGCGAGGAAGAGGAGUCGUGGGCGGGCCGGCGCAUCCCCGUGUCCCUCCUGUACUCAGGCCUGGCCAUCGGGGGCACGCUGGCCAACGGCAUGGUCAUCUAUCUCGUGUCGUCCUUCCGAAAGCUGCAGACGACCAGCAACGCCUUCAUCGUGAACGGCUGCGCCGCCGACCUCAGCGUCUGCGCCCUCUGGAUGCCGCAGGAGGCGGUGCUCGGGCUCCUGCCCGCGGGCUCCGCGGAGCCCCCCGGGGACUGGGACGGCGCCGGGGGGAGCUACCGCCUGCUGCGGGGCGGGCUGCUGGGCCUCGGGCUCACCGUGUCCCUCUUGUCCCACUGCCUGGUGGCCCUGAACCGCUACCUGCUCAUCACCCGGGCGCCCGCCACCUACCAGGCGCUGUACCAGCGGCGCCACACGGCCGGCAUGCUGGCGCUGUCCUGGGCACUCGCCCUGGGCCUCGUGCUGCUGCUCCCGCCCUGGGCGCCGCGUCCCGGCGCCGCGCCCCCGCGCGUCCACUACCCGGCGCUGCUGGCCGCCGCGGCGCUGCUGGCGCAGACGGCGCUGCUGCUGCACUGCUACCUGGGCAUCGUGCGCCGCGUGCGCGUCAGCGUCAAGCGGGUCAGCGUCCUCAACUUCCACCUGCUGCACCAGCUGCCCGGCUGCGCCGCCGCCGCCGCCUUCCCGGGCGCCCCUCACGCGCCAGGCCCGGCUGGUGCCGCGCACCCGGCUCAGGCCCAGCCCCUGCCCCCAGCGCUGCACCCGCGGCGGGCGCAGCGGCGUCUCAGCGGCCUGUCGGUGCUGCUGCUCUGCUGCGUCUUCUUGCUGGCCACGCAGCCGCUGGUGUGGGUGAGCCUGGCCAGCGGCUUCUCGCUGCCCGUGCCCUGGGGUGUGCAGGCGGCCAGCUGGCUCCUGUGCUGCGCUCUGUCCGCGCUCAACCCGCUGCUCUACACGUGGAGGAACGAGGAGUUCCGCCGCUCCGUGCGCUCCGUCCUGCCCGGCAUCGGCGACGCGGCGGCCGCUGCCGCCGCCGCCACGGCUGUGCCUGCGGUGUCCCAGGCGCAGCUGGGCACUCGCGCCGCAGGCCAGCACUGGUGA